CUCGCAGAUACAGAUUCGAUCGUCAUUAACAUCAAAUGCAAAAACAUUUAGCCAACACUCCACUCUAGUAUGAGGCCCGACAGUAGUUGUAAGUAUCAGAUCUAUUUGGGUGAUGGACACUGAUAGCCAGGAUAAAGUUAUCGAUCAAACUUCGAACUAGAACUGGUGAUACGAACGAGAAUGCAUACUUUAACACGCACACACUCCACGAUGCGUGAUGCCGAGCCCCGUUUUAGGCAGCAACCUGCUCACGGGAAAGGGGUUUCUUCACAUAGUCACGAUAUGCUUCAAGAGGGUAUGUAUACCAGCUCUCUCCGCCUCAAUUUAGCUCCACAAAAAAAGACACCCCACUUCAUAAAGAGAGGUUCAUAUCGAAGAAAGUCGUCUCCCGAUGCGCCUCGAGCUCCAAGUAAUUUUUCGAAUCUGCAACUAAAUACAGCAGCCACUGUUGAUGAAUUGUGCGCACAGCAAAACGCCAGCAAGGAGGCGAUUGCACUAUUCCUACAAAACAAGCGAAAGGCGCCUAUGAGUUCACUUUCGUCUCGUUCUUUGAGCUCACUCGCUACUAAUCCUCCGACAGUAAAGGAGGAGGAAGAGGUCAUUGACAUCUUGCCAGUGGUUACAAACGAUUUGGAGGCAUCUGGUACUGUGGAGGUCGUGAUUGACGACGACGACGACGACGGUAAUGAUCACUUUACACUGAUGGAUUUUCUAAAGUCAACUCAAGUGGUUGAUAUCUUAGAUCAAGAGAUGUCACUUACGGAUUUUUUACGGGUAUCCGAAGACUUUGGUCCGGGAAAAAUCCAAGCCGGGCCGGACUCCAAGGGUAGUAUUAGUGGGGUAAAUUCGCAAACAAACUCACCUGCGACGGAUGUACUCAGUUGUAGCAGCAGCAACAACAGUAUGGCUAGCGGAAAAAGCCUCGGCGAAGCUAAGAAAGCUACACUCUGCUCGAGUCCCAGAUACGAUGCACAAGGGGGUGAAAACCCGAUGGGGGAGGACACACCCGAAAGCAAACUUAAAGCACCUGAUGGGCUUGCGAAUGCAAAGCGAACAUUUGUUCACAGGAGUAAGAGUAUAAAUAAUAUAGAGAACACAAAACGAAGUGGUAGUUUCAAAGGCUUACUAAGGAGCAAAAGCAACACCGCGAGUGAUAGAGUCCAGUGCGCCGCUGUAGCUCCAGCACUUACACCGACACAGAUACUCACACAAACUAGUUUAAAUACAGGCGUCCAUGAAGUCCCUAUCAAAAUCAUACACCCAAACACACAUAACAAUUGCUCACAUGUCUCAUUGACGUCAACAAGGAAUAAACCCAGGGCAGAGCGUGUACAGAGUAUGGGCCAGGAAAAAGAUAUGAGAAUAGGCCAGCAUAGCAACGACCAGCAACCGCAAUUAAGGAAGCAGUCUGCCCCCGUUUCUAGCAGAAACAGUUGCAGUAAUAGCAGUCUCGGAGAUAAGGAGAAGGACAGUGAACGGGAGUUUAAGGAAAAGGAUAUUCGCAGUUCACCCAAAUCACCCACAAAACAUAUAUCGCGGGCGUGGAAACGUGUAACGGAAAUCAAAUCGUCGUUUAUAUCCACUCCUAGCAGCACGGACGGUGAUAACAGUUCCAACAGUCAGAUCGAUAGUAAUAACGGGGAAGGGCCUAUUUUCGGCACCUACCAAACCAAGGUUAAUAAUGCUAAGUGCUCGAAGACGAGAGAGUGCGUAACCUGGGGCGGGGUAGAUUCAGUCACUGCCAAAACACCCCAGCACAUGUACAAACACAUUCGCGCAGAAAGCAAAAGUGGUAUUCCACUAUCGGCGAGCGAUGAAGGUUCAGAGAUGAGCGGAGCGUGUGUGCAACCGCCUCUUGCGGUCGCUAGGCAACGACGUUCUUUGCCAAUGAAUGAACUAGCGCCAUUAAAUGCGGACUCGGUGACAUGCGAUAAGGUAUUCCUACAUGACGAGUUAUUCGAAGGCUGCUGCAACAACACAACUGGGCUGGCGCAAGGACUCGGCAUAUGGGCCGACAAAGAUGAUUCGACAUAUGCCGGUGAAUGGUUCGAAGGAGAGCCUCACGGCUUUGGCUCAUACGCAUCCUUGUCUCGGCGCUGCUGGUUUGAGGGACGUUUUGUAAAGGGACAAGCACACGGAUUUGGAAAGCUUCUAUUUAUCGAUAGAUAUACCCUGGAUCCAGUGUACUUCUACGGCGAAUUCAGAUUCGGAAGAUACAUACACGGGUCGCUUCCCAAGGACGAAAGGCAGAGAGCCAACAACGCCGUCAUCAUCGCACGCCGUGCUAGUUUCUGCGCUAACAAGCAAAGCGGUGAAGCUAUGCGGUCUAUUGUGACAAAUCGACUGCAGACAUGGACGCGACGGAUAGUGGGGCAGCCAGGGUCGAUUCCAGCACAGCACUGUCCGUCACCACGCAUAGUCACAUCCGUGAAGGCCAGCUUCUAUUGGCUGGAUAAUCCUGUGCUCAAAUGCCAAGUUUAUUUGCCACAGAUAACUACUGAAGCUGUGGUGGCCAGGGGUGGCCAUAUCAAGAAACGAUGAGUACGCGCUACGCACAUGACGUAUAGUCUCCUUUCUACACCGAACUCAACGUCAUCAAAAUCGAUCAGGCGCGAAGAAAAACGAAUGACUUCUGACAGCCUAGAGGGCUGCCAUUAGUGGAUUGAGCUUGAGUGUACGGAUCACAUUGCAAGAGCACAUUAACAAAUAGGGAUAUCAUAUCAGCCAUUUGCACACGUACUGGAGUGUGCAAGUGAAUACAGUAAGGUGACAUUUUAUCGAGAAUACUACAAAUUAAGCCCCACACAACAGAGGCAUCCAGACAAGAAUAGCCAGCGCCAUAGCUGGCUCAGAUAAAUUUAACAGAUUUAGAUUUUAUAAGAGAUACCCUUCAAUUGAUAAUUAAAUUAAUACUAGACUCAC